CCUCACACUAGAAUGUGGCUGAGAGGCGCUACGACGUUUCUCAUUGGCCGCCCGUGUCCCAGCGGCACUUCAAAGCCUGAGAGGAGCUACAAUUGUGGUGGAAUGGGCGGAACAGAUCAUUGUAUUGCGCACCUCUAAAAAAACACUGCUCUGAUUUAUAAAUAUAAAAAGAUCCUCUGACGAGGGCACUUUUUUGUGAUGGCAACUUCACUUCUAGGGGAAGAGCCGAGGUUAGGAUCGACUCCAUUAGCCAUGUUAGCAGCUACCUGUAACAAGAUCGGCAGUCCAAGCCUUUCGCCAUCCUCUAUUUCGGAUAGUCCCUCAUUUGGGAAAGGAUUUCACCCCUGGAAAAGAUCCACUGCAAGCAGUUGUAAUUUGGGCUCCAGUCUCUCCGGUUUCGGGGCCUCUGGAGCGCCUCGGAACGGGUCCGGUCUGCCCGACUCGUUCGGAUCAAACAGCUCUUCAGGAUCUAGUGCCUUUUCCUUGACUUCAAGCAAUUCGUCUAACUCUCCCUUUGCUAACGAGUACUCUGUUUUUCAGGCUUCUGUUUCAAAUAGUUCGCAAGAGCCUAGCCACCAGCCUGUUUUUAUUUCCAAGGUCCAUACUUCAGUAGACAGCUUGCAAGGUAUAUAUCCCAGGAUGAGCGUGGCGCCGCACCCGUACGAUUCCUGGUUCAAAUCCUCCCACCCGGGCAUACCUUCUGGAGACGUUGGUGCCACGGGCGCUUCUGCCUGGUGGGAUGUGGGCGCAGGAUGGAUUGAUGUGCAAAACCCCAACGGGGCAGCGCUACAGAGUUCCUUGCACUCCGGUGGACUCCAGACUUCCCUGCAUUCUCCUUUGGGAAGCUACAACUCAGAUUAUUCUGGCUUGAGUCACUCUGCUUUCAGCACCAGCGCUUCUCCUCACCUCCUAACUACCGGUCAGCACCUGAUGGACGGAUUUAAACCUGUUUUGCCAGCUGCUUACCCAGACUCUAGCCCCUCGCCGUUAGUAGGUGCGGGGUGCACCAUGUUGGCGGGAGGUCCCGCGUCUACUCUGGCUGGAUCUCCGCGAUCCUCAGCCCGCCGUUACUCAGGCAGAGCCACCUGUGAUUGCCCGAACUGUCAAGAGGCAGAGAGACUGGGGCCAGCCGGGGCGAGCCUCCGAAGGAAAGGGCUGCACAGCUGCCAUAUUCCCGGCUGCGGGAAGGUGUACGGCAAAACGUCCCAUCUCAAAGCACACUUGAGAUGGCAUACAGGAGAAAGACCUUUCGUCUGCAACUGGCUCUUUUGCGGAAAGCGAUUCACGAGGUCUGACGAGCUCCAGCGGCACUUGCGCACCCACACCGGAGAGAAGAGGUUUGCAUGCCCAGUCUGCAACAAACGAUUCAUGCGAAGCGACCACCUCAGCAAACAUGUAAAAACCCAUAGCGCUGGAGGAGGGGGGUCUGUCGGGUCAGGCUCCGGGUGCAGCGGGGGAAAAAAGGGAAGUGAUACUGACAGCGAGCAUAGUACCCCAGGCAGCCCACGCUGUCAUUCACCAGACAUGAUACAAACCCCAGAUUCGGUCCAGGCAUCAGGAAUGAACGGCCACAAUAACUCCAUUGAAUAAAUGGGAGAGACUAAAUGAAAAAUACUUGAAUGACCCUUGUAUAAAAAAUGUACAUAUAGUAGAAAAGUAAGUGUUGUAUUCACAGAUAGACUGACAGAUUUGAGGGGAAAAAAGUGCCACUAGUUUGUAAUUUAGUCCCAGACAUGUGGUGAUGACAAUAAUAAUAAUAAUAAUAAUAAUAAAAUAAUAAUAAUAAUAAUAAUAAUAAUAAUAAUAAUAAUAAAGCAACAGUUUGGAGGGCUCUUUAGCGAAGUAACACCGUGAUAGAUAAAGACGCUGAUUAUAAGCAAAAAUACAGCUUAUGUUUGUUUAGGUUAAAAUUCUACAUUUAUUCACUGCUUUAUAACUUAAAACAACAAGUGGUUAGUGUAAAAAAUAGACCGAGAAAAACCCUACAGUGGGCAAAGACACCCGUUGAUUAAGUAUGUCAAUGGCAUGGUCUUGUUAGUAAAACUUUUUAAAAAUAUAUAACCAUUUUAUUAAAAAGUAAACAGAAAAUUGCAGAGUGCAUUGUAAUGUUAUUCACAUAUGAUACAAAAUAAGUGUGCUGAUUUGUCCUUACUUACAGUUCAUUUCAUAGCCUAACAAGUGAUAUAUUUGUUAAAGAGUAUGUGUCCUUAUUUCCCGUACUCACAUUGGGUAUAAACUCUUGUUUGGUUAAUUACAACAUAUUGAACAACGAUAAGUUUCUGCACCAAGAAUGUAACACUGGAAAACGUUCUACAGUAGUGUAUUAUUAAACAGCACCAGUGUAUUAUUAAACAGCACCAGUGUAAAGGUGUGACAUGUAUGUGUCCAGGAGGCGAUUUUUGUAUUUUCUUGUAAAUUGCGUCUAGUUAAUGUUUGAAAAUAUAUUGGGUACUUUUUUUUUUUUUUUUUUGUCAAUAGCAUUGACAAAGUUAUUGGUGCAGUCCAAGAACUGUAAUCUGGACUUCUAUCUCGUUGUGCAUAUCAAGACCCACUUGGAGGGUUUAUUUCUUGACUAUAAGUUUAGAAACUAUAAAAAUGUAAUAAGCAGAUAUAUUUGGUAAAUGUUGAAUGGCAUUUCUAUUUAAUUGAGCACGUGUCUACUUAUUGAAUAUGAGGACAUUCCGGAUGUAGUUUGAGAUUUCUCAUAUGUUUCAUAACAAUCGUGCUUUUAAUAUGAAGCUCUGAUAAUAAAGUCAUAUUGAAUCUA